CGAACACAUAUCCGACGUCUUCAGCUCAGCUCCAUUAAAAAAAAGUUAAGCAUCUGCGUGCAUCUUGGUAAUCUCAUAAGAGAGCUUCGUGCCUAGGUGGAGGAACGAUCGCAUGCCCUCCAGCAUCAGACUCUCCAAGGUCGACGCAUGAGAGCUUUGUCAGAACGGAACGCACUUGAAAAGCCCCGAACUCGCACUAAGACGUGAGCAUGGACCGUCUAACCAGCCAAAGCGGCAAUGCAGCCCCGGUUGAGGUAGACUUCGCCAAGUACUCAACCGCCCAGAAGCUCCUCAAACGCUGUCAAGAUUUCUUCUCCGAGGUCGAGAACCUCACCCCUGGCAAAGACCUCGAAACAUAUCUCAACACGCACUAUGGGUCCGGAAAUCUCAUCUAUGAGGAUCUAUGCUCCCUAACACGCAAAGGACUUGAAGAAGGCUGGAUUGCUAACAUCGAGAUCGAUGGGCGUAAGUAUCGGCGCUCUAAGGUCGCUCUUCCCAAGGAAGACACGCGGUUCUUUAGCAUUACGACUGUGUAUAUGGAUUCACAAGAGGAGUAUUCGGGACAGUACCAUAAGCAUCCAUAUGGAGAGAUCAAUUGUGUGGUGCAGAUUGAUAAGACGGCGGAGUUAAUGGGAAUGCAGGGUUGGCAGGGUGCGGGGUGGACGUCUCCAGGUGCAGGAACUCAUCAUUACCCUCAGGUACGGGGCGGCGCUCUCAUUGCGCUAUUCUUUCUUCCAGCGGGUCGGAUUAGCUAUACUGCCAAUCCAGACGAUCCACAGCCUGUCUCCGUCUGAAGGCU